GUUGUACUCUUGCACGCAUGAUGCCGGUGCACCCACGUGGGGCUUAGUGGCGGCUGACGGCCCAUUUCCCACAGACCAGGUCUACCUUCCGCCUCAUCGCGAAUAAACGUUCGACAUCCUUCUCGCUCAGUCUUUAAGACAUCCAGAAACGUUUCAGCCAAUAGUACAAGUUGAGAAAAGCUCCUUCAGUGCAAAUACCUUAUGUGGCGGCGCUCUAUCCACAUGAGAGUCUUUGCUUUACGAAUGAGCGAUGGCAGCAUCUAGAUGUCAAGGGUUGAGUAGUAUAAAGCUCCAAGCUGGGUGAUGUAGUCUGGCCUGUAGUUUGCAUUCUCGUUCCACUUUUGUGUUGGACUCUCGUUGUAGUUCCUUUCACAACCAUGAUGUAUUUCACAAUCGGACUAGUAUCUUUGUUGACAGCAACAACCACUGCCUCCCCACUUUUUCCCGCUGAAAGUAGUCUAGUAGAAAGGCGUCAAGGUCCUGGAUCGUACUAUGCAAUUACAGGCGCGACAGGAGGCAUUCACCCCCGUUUAGAGGUUCGCGACCUGGAGAAGGCGGGUGGAGAGCCAUGGAAUUUAUUUCUACUUGCUAUGACGGAAUUUCAGGCCAUAGACCAGCAUAUCAUUGAUUCGUGGUACCAGAUUGCCGGUAUACAUGGAAUGCCCUUCUAUGCAUGGGAUGGUGUAAACGGCAAUGGGUCGGUCGGAUAUUGUCCGCACAACCAUCUGCUCUUUGGCACCUGGCAUCGCCCUUAUCUUGCUCUUUUCGAGCAAAAUCUACAAAAAGUUGCGCAAAGCAUCGCCAGCCGAUUCCCCACCGCUUCUCGAACCAAAUACCAAGAUGCUGCAACGAAAAUUAGAAUCCCUUACUGGGAUUGGGCCAAGGCUCUCCCAACCGACCAACCUGUGGUGCCCACAUCUAUGACCAACGAGAAAGUCGCGGUUACAUUUCCCAAUGGCACAGCUGCACAGAUCGACAAUCCACUGUAUGAUUACAACUUCCAUCCUCUGGACAACAAAGAAAUCAACGGUACAGCAUCAACUGCUCAAGGUUGUGAUGGCUCUGGAAAGGCUGGGAGUCUAGAGAACCUGCACAAUGCAAUCCACAACGCUAAUUUCCCUGGACACAUGAGCCCAAGUGGCGCUACAGCUUUCGACCCUAUGUUCUGGAUGCAUCACGCCAAUGUUGACCGACAGCUUGCCCUACAUCAGGCUAUCUUCCCCGGCACAUAUAUCGUCUCUUGUGUAGCAAACACGCCUACCUACACCAUUAGCAUUGGCGACCAGCUUGAUGCAUCAUCGCCCCUGACACCAUUCCACAAGAACGCAGCAGGCGAUUUCUGGACCUCAAACUCGGCGCGCAGCAUCACUGACUUGGGCUACACCUACCCUGAGCUUGCCAACAGCCCCACCAACGCCACUAUAGUGGCUUCGAUCAAGGCGCAAUACUCCGGCCCCUCAGACGUGCUCGUCACAACUUCAAAGGCAAGGCGUGUGUUGCAACGCGAGACAACGCCUGCAUUGAAGGAGCUCUACCUUGCUGAGAUCAACCUCCCAUCCUACGGUCUAGACAAUGGCAUAGGCGGCGCUGCACCAUACAACGUGCUGCUCUUCUUAGGCGAAGUCCCCUCCGAUGUACAGGACUGGCAGACCGCAGACUCUUUCGUCGGCCUGGCGUCUACGCUUGGCGCGCCCGGAUUGCAAGUCGAUCAGACGACUACGCAUACGAUUGACUUGUCUCUCGCGUUGGAGAAGGCUGUUAAGUCAGGUGCGACGACAGAGGAUGACGCGCUAGAGUACUUGACGCAGAACCUGCAUUACAAGCUUGGAUUGGGUAAUUUUGAGAUCAACAAGGACCAGAUUAAAGGUCUCAAAGUGGCGCUCAUUAGCACCGAUGUUGAGGUUGCGCAAUCCGAAGAUACGUUUGAUCGGUGGGUUGGUGGGUUCAAGGAACAUGGGCUGAUUGAAGGGUGAUUGGCUUGUCGAGACUCUUGUAUUAGGCUAUUUUCGUGUACAUCUUUCCAUCGUUUCAGAUAUCUAUUAUGUUCGACUAGGA